CUACUAUAAAGCCUAUUCAAUAUAGCUUAUAGUUUACUAUGAUAAAAAUAGGCUAUUUCUGCAUCUACUUCCUUUUGGCUCGGUCAGGUAUAUACUUUUAUCCAUUUCUGUAUUUCCACCUCAGGAUAACAAGAGAUAAACAAACACGAAGAAACAUGGCCAUGCAAGAAAACAUGGAGGGAUCGCGCACACCUCAUCUGACACUCCCACGGAUGAGAGAAGAAGCCACACGCUCGCCGCGAGCGCGCGCCUUCGCCGCCGGUAUUCCCCUGUUGGUAGAAUGUAGCCAGCGCGUGCCGUUACCGCCAGGGGAUUGGAGCAAUGACUUGUCAGUAAAGUCACCCACCCUCUGACUAUCUCACACUGAGUUACAAGUGUUUGAGACACGGAGCAAGGCGGCAAGACACGGGGAUAACUGAUUUAACCAGACCGGACAGACAGACACCUGAAGCGACGUGAGAAAGUCCAGUAGAGGAGAGGAGAUGGACGAGGAGAUGCUCCCGGCAGACGAGGGUCUCUCCGCGCCCAAAAUCUGUAGACAGCAGCAGCAGCGGAGCCCGUACAGCUCUCUCAAGACCUUCCCGAGCAAACGCACGGCGGGGAGGGCGAGAUAUGACAGACCCACAAUGGUGGACAUCCCGCAGCUUGGAGACCAUCACCUCAGUCAACAUCAGCAGCAGCAGUAUUCACAGCGCAUGCCGCUUCAGCAAACCUCCCUGUCUAUCAGCAGCAGUCAUCAGCACCGUCUCCCAUGCGAGAUCAGGCCCGCCAGCAGAGUCGCGACAUCCAGCGCGGCAUCAUCAGCGGGCAGCGCCACAGCAGCGGUAUCAGCAUCAUUUGGCAGCCAGAGAAGAGUCGCCGGCCAGGAGUCCAGCAGAUACCCGCCGGGUCGCCAUCAAUCUCCGGACUGCACUUAUGGAAUAAGCUCAGAAAACCGAAUGAUACUGGAUGCUUUUGCUCAGCAGUGCAGUCGAGUUCUCGGUCUUCUCAACAGUAACGGACGCCUCAUAGAGCCCCAACCUUCCCUCGCCCCUCCAUCCUCCUCCAUCUCCACUCUUAUCAAACAAGAAGAUAGCUGCCUGUCUACAGGAGACAGACCCAGUGUCAAGCCCAGAUCAGAGGAGUCGUCCCUGGAGAACACGGGUGAGGAGACGCAACAUAGGAACCAAUGGAACCAACAGCAGACGUCAGCGUUCCUACGAAUUUUCACAGAGUCGCUUCAGAGCUACCUGCUGUCUGGACCCCAGUCAUCAGACAGCGAGCGGUGUCGUCCGGUGGAUGCUGAACCAGUAGCGUCAGGCUCCCCCCGCCAGAAUUUAGGUGGCUGGGCAUCACCAUCUCCAUCAGAGUCAUACGGACACCCCUCAUCCACACUGCCCGAGGAAGAUGAAGAGGAGGAAAGUUGUUGUCCACGCUGUAUGGAGCUGGAACAGGAGGUUCUGAGUCUACAGCAGGAAAAUGAGGAACUGAGACACAAACUUGACAGCAUACCAGCUCCUUGCCAGAAUGUUCUGGAUUUCUUUAAAACUGUUCUUCAGCACUACAACCAGUUCACGCAACCCCAACCUGAUGAACAGCUAACAGAGGGCAAUAAGCAGCUUCUGGGGAACUACCCUCUGUUUAUCACCAAUAAGCAGUGGGACGAGGCAGUCAAUUCCUCGAAAAAAGAUGGCCGACGGCUGCUGCGUUACCUAAUCCGGUUUGUGUUCACGACAGAUGAGCUGAAAUACUCAUGUGGGUUAGGGAAGAGGAAACGAUCGGUACACACCGGAGAAACAGGACCGGAAAGACGACCCCUGAAUCCCGUCAAAGUAACCUGUCUUAGAGAGUUUAUCCGGAUGCACUGUGCUUCUAAUCCUGACUGGUGGAUGCCGUCUGAGGAGCAGAUAAAUAAAGUCUUCAGUGAUGCAGUGGGUCACGCGCGGCAGGGCCGGGCUGUAGGCACUUUCUUGGGCAACGGCGGCAGUGGAAGCAGCAGCUGUGGAAGUUUAUACACAGAGAGCUACGAUGGGCAAAUCUCUCAAGAUGAGCUUUACCUGAAGGGUUCACAGAAUGGCCUGGGAGACUAAAGAAACAGCAAAAACUUAACAGUCAGCCUUUAGAUCAAUGGAUCAAGAUGGGGUGAACCCAUAGAGGGAAAUUGCAAGAUUUAGACCAUGGUAAAGGUCUUUUUAGUCAAUGUUUUUGUAUGGAUGAAUCUUAUUUCUUCUAAUGUGUUUUCCUGAUUCAACAGUAAACAUUCCAGGGAGUUCACAGCUACCCACUCAUUUUGUAUUAUGUGUGGGACUCUUCUACGCUGUAUUGCUUGACUCUGUGUUAUAUGUUUAUUGGUCACUAGCAGAUUGAAUUCUGCUGGCUCGUUUUAUGGUAACAUGGACAAUAAUGGCAGUCAUAGUCUCUUGGAUCACAUUUUUCUGAUCUUUAUAGAUUUUUUUGGCUGUGGAAAAUGUCUUCAUUCCACAAAAUAUCAGGUUUAUUAUGUAUUCCAUUUCUUAUCUCAUAAAUCAUACGUCUCCACUGAUUGUGAUGAGGAGUGUGAUCCAUUAUUGUAACAUGAAUGUAUUCAUUGUUAUUUUAUUUUAUUGUAAAUAAUGAGAGCUUCCUUCAGAUUCUAUAGACAGCCUUUAAAUUAGGUGCUAAUACAAUAUCUAAUAUAAGGUUAGAUUUAAAGUGCCACACCCUAUUUAAUCAUAUGAUGUUGAAUAAUCUGUGAUGUUUAUAAAAACUGUGAUGUUGCAAAAAUCAGUUUCAUGGCGGCAGGAUAAAACAUUGGAUUAUCAACUCUGCAAUUUGUCCGUGACUAAAAAUAAAUCUGUAUGUGUGUCGGAGGCCUCCUAAAGUUAAUGUAGGCUAUGUUGUUUUCCUGAUUCGAGUUUGUCAAAACCACAAAAGCCGUAUGAUUGUUUUUGUAGAAUUAACCCUUUUUACUUUACUACACAAAAUUCUGUUUGGCCCAAAGUUGCUCAUGUGGUUUAGCUCUGUUUACUGCAUAAAGACUAUGAAAUGCCUUAAAAAAGAGACCACUAUGAAUUACAAAUACUGCCAAUUCAGAUUGUUGAUAAUCUCUUGGUAUUCCUGCUUGUUUGUUGGUUUGAAAAAACUGAUUGUUGUUCUUAAAUGCCUUAGACAAAUUAAGAUAUGCUAUAGCAGAACGUCUCUGUCUAUUAAAACUGUUCAUGCAUUCAGGUCUUUGUUAAAUGUCUGGUAAAAUUCAGUCAAAGGCAACAAUGCAUUUUCAAAGCCUUUCACGAGUUGUCUGAUGAUGGGGAAAACCCAGCAUUUAAAUCUGAGUCAUCCCAAAACUGGGAGUUUCAUAUCUUAAGAUCUGCAGCACCAUGCAUCUGCCAUCUUUAGCCCCACUGUUUCAAUAAAGCCGUGUUGUCGGUUCCGGUUUAAAUGCCAGGGAUUCCCGUUCAUUAAACUGCUGAUAAAGUGGCAUAAAGUCUUCAAAAAAAAGUUGCUUUUACUUUUGAAUACCAGACAUAUAAAAGCCUUUGUUGUAGUGAUUUGUAACCUGUUGUGAUUGUAUAUAUCGAUGGUGAUUGGAAAUUGUUAGUCUUUUAGUCUAUUUAAGGAACGUGUCAACACUGUGAAUCUCACCAAAAGUGAUGAGACUGUUUUUUCCCAUUAUUUGUUUUUCAAACAAAGAUGCAUUUAUGUAAUGUGGACACAAAUGGGAAAAGACAAUGAAACAAAAUAAGUGAUCCAGACAAUGUUGUCUGUGUUGUGAUUCAACACUAGCUUGUCUAUUAAUUCCUGACGUUGAACAAUAGAUGGCAGUAGACAACAAUAUAGCCAUUUUAAUGUCUCUGUGAAACCAGUUCAUGAAUGAGGAGGAAUCAUUAUCAUACAGUAUAUCCUGAGUACUGUGCUGUAUACAUUAUCAAAUUAUAUGCAGAAAGUACAGCAUAUUUUUUAUGUUAAAUAAUUAUAGCUCAAUACUAAAACUAUAGUAUACUUAAGUAUUUACUAAAUUGUAGUAUACUGUAGUAUAGUAAUUACUACACUCUGGUAAUACUAUUGUACUGUAGUGUAUUAACUAGAAAAUUGAUCAAUUGUAGCAAAUACUGUAAAAUAAUAAUAUUUACACUGUAAAAAUUGCUGUAAUUAUGCAGCUGGUUGCCAGUAACUUACUGUAGAAGAUAAAGACUGAAAAUGUUUUGUGUUCAUUUAACUUUGAACAAACUGUUGCCAGUAAAUAACAUAAAUGCAAAAUCUACAGUAAGUUACUGGCAGCUAGUUGCCAGUAAUACCCAGUAAUACUGUAAUUUCUACAGACAUUUUUUACA